AUGUCAAAACCUCUUUCAAAUGUAGGCACUCUCCUAACUCCAACCGGCGAACUAAUUCUAAAAGAAUCUUCACUUUCCACUUUAAAUAAAGAACUCUUCGAAGGCAGCUGGGACCGAAUCCUUCACCUUGAUUUGCGUGGCAAUGAAAUCACCAAUCUCCACAAAUCCCCGAUUUUCCAUCUCACACAUUUAAGAUCCCUCGAUUUAAGAGGAAACAAACUUGACAUUCUCACUGAAGAAAUCUCAGCAUUCCAAUAUCUCAAGACCUUAACGCUUGACUCUAACCACCUCAGCACCUUGCCAAUUGAGCUUUUUUCGCUCACAUCUCUUACUUCAUUAUCAUUCAGUAACAACUCACUGUUUUGCCUUCCAAAAGAAAUCAUAAAUCUUAAAAAGCUGGAGUCCCUUGUCAUUUCUGACAACCAAAUCAAGGCGCUUCCUACAGAAAUCGGCCAAUUGAAGCAUUUGCAAGUUUUGUAUCUUCAUGGGAACGACUAUUCAGCCCUUCCUGUAUCUAUGGCUAGGCUAGAACAGCUUACAGAGCUCAGUCUGGAAUGGUUUCGAUACACAUUUCCGCCUUUGCCAAGGAUUCUUAAAGGGCAUAUUGGUGAGGCAAUGAUUGGAAGUUUACGAUGUUUAUUUCAAAAAUUAGCUAAAAAAAAGCACCAAGAAUGCGAUUUGGCUCACUUUUUAAAGCAUUUUAGUCAGGAUGAAUUUGAUAUUAAUAGAGUGGAUGCUAGGAAUAGGAGUUUAUUACACAUUGCAGCAAGUAAUGGAGACUGCGGGGUUAUUCAGGGGUUAAUUGAUGCAGGCGUUGAGAUAAAUACUUUGGAUAGUGAAGGGUUUUCACCACUUGUCCUGGCUUUGAAAUCUGACAAAAUUGGAGCGUCGAAAUUGCUUUUGGAGUCAGGAAUUAGUGUAAAUGAAGGUGGAGGGAAUAUUGGGUCACCUAUGCAUUUAGCUGUUUAUAAAGCUGAAGCUUGGCUGGUAAGGGCGUUGUUAAAAGCAGGAGCUGAUGUAAAUUCGAGGGAUUGUGAUGGAAACACUCCAUUGCACAUUCUGAUGGGGGUUUUUGGGAAGCAUAAAAGAAAAUGCACACUAAUCGCUGACAUGCUGCUUGAGUCAGGAAUUGAAGUAAAUGCAGUCAAUUACGAAAACUGAACAGCUCUACAUAUGGCCGCAAGAAGAGGACACUCUUCAGCUAUUUUCUGAGCAAUCAAUCAAAAUUCAAAGCUGCGAAAAGAAAACAAAGAGCCUUUCGACAUAAAUAUAGUCGGCGGAUCUCAAGAAUGGACUCCUUUACAUUUAGCGUCACAUUCUGGGCAUUUUAAAGCUGUCCAAGCUUUAAUAGAAGGAGGCUGCGAAGUCUACAUCAAAAACAAAGAAGGAAAAACCCCUAAAGAAACUUCUAAAGGAGAUCUAGCUGUCUAUAAGUUUAUUGCUCAAGCAGAAAAAGAACAGCUGAAAAAGCAAGUCAUGGCGAACUCAAAAGAAGAAAUCAGCGCAGAGGUCACAGAAAAUGAAGAAAAAGGCGACUAUGAAAUAGCAGCAGACUGUACGUUUCCAUUGUGAAGAAGAUAUGAAUGCUUAUAUAAACUUUAUCAAGAAGGGUAUAGUAAAGAAUUAGAAAAUCUUAUAUCAGAGCUGGAAGAUGGGAUUUUAAAAGUUGAUGCUAUUCAUUUGUAUGGGCAAACAAAAAAUAGGAAAUCUUCGAAACUUUUUAGAGAAAUUAUUAAAAAUAAACAAAAUAUGGAGCUGGUAAGAAAUGAAGCGGGGUAUGAAAGGGAAGAGAUGAGGGGAAUUGAAAGUAAAGUAAGCCAUGUACAGUCUUUAAUUGGCCCGAAGCUGCUAAAAACAAAUCCGUUGCAGAUGUCAUUGCCAGUAAAUUUGUCGAUUCUUAUGGAAGAAGAAACGCGCAAAGAUUCUUUGCUUAUAAUUUAG